AAGGUCUGGUCUGCAAAGUUUCAAGGCAUUCUUCAAAGUUCAUUGAGAGGUACUGGAAGCUGAGGACCCCACUGGAAUCCUGGUCUCACUGAACAAUUUAAAAUGGAGCCUUUACCUCCUGAGCUGCCAGCUGACACCGUGCAAUGCAUCGCGGCUGAACUCAAAUGUCACCCAACAGACGAGCAGGUUGCUCUCCGCCUAGAUGAGGAAGAUAAGCUGAGACAUUUCAGGGAGGAUUUUCAUAUUCCGAAAAUGCAAGACUUGCCUCCAAUUGACUUAUCUUUAGUGAAUAAGGACGAAAAUGCCAUCUAUUUCUUGGGAAAUUCUCUUGGCCUGCAACCAAAAAUGGUGAAGACAUACUUGGAAGAAGAACUUGAUAAGUGGGCCAAAAUGGGAGCCUAUGGUCACGAUGUAGGAAACCGUCCUUGGAUUGUGGGGGAUGAGAGUAUUAUAGGCCUUAUGGAAGACAUUGUAGGAGCCAAUGAUAAAGAAAUAGCCCUAAUGAAUGGUUUGACUGUUAAUUUACAUCUCUUAUUGUUAUCAUUUUUUAAGCCUACACCAAAGCGGUAUAAAAUUCUUCUGGAAGCCAAAGCCUUUCCUUCUGAUCAUUAUGCUAUUGAGUCACAACUUCAACUUCACGGACUUAAUGUUGAGGAAAGUAUGCGAAUGAUAAAGCCAAGAGAGGGGGAAGAAAUCUUAAGAAUGGAGGAUAUUCUGGAAGUCAUUGAGAAGGAAGGAGACUCUAUUGCAGUGAUCAUGUUCAGCGGGGUGCAUUUUUACACUGGACAGUUCUUUAACAUUCCUGCCAUUACAAAAGCUGGACAAGCAAAGGGUUGCUUUGUUGGCUUUGAUCUAGCACACGCAGUUGGAAAUGUUGAGCUCUACUUACACGACUGGGGAGUUGAUUUUGCCUGCUGGUGUUCCUAUAAGUAUUUAAAUUCAGGAGCAGGAGGUCUUGCUGGUGCAUUUGUCCAUGAAAAACAUGCCUAUACCAUUAAACCUGCGUUAGUUGGAUGGUUUGGCCAUGAACUCAGCACCAGAUUUAACAUGAGUAACAAACUGCAGUUGAUCCCUGGGGUCAAUGGAUUCCGAAUUUCAAAUCCUCCCAUUUUCUUGGUCUGUCCUUUGCAAGCUAGUUUGGAGAUCUUUAGGAAAGCAACUAUAAAAGCUUUGAGGAGAAAAUCCAUUUUGCUAACUGGCUAUCUGGAAUACAUGAUCAAGCAUUACUAUAGCAAAGAGAAAUCAGAAACCAAGGAACCAAUUGUGACCAUAAUUACUCCACCCCACAUAGAGCAUCGGGGCUGCCAGUUAACACUAAUAUUUUCUAACACUAAGAAAAAUGUUUUUGAAGAACUUUCAAAAAGAGGAGUGGUUUGUGACAAGCGAGAACCAAAUGGCCUUCGAGUGGCUCCAGUUCCUCUCUAUAAUUCUUUUCAUGAUGUUUAUAGAUUUGUCAAUGUGCUCACAUCUGUACUUAACUCUGCAGAAACAAGAAAUUAGCAAUGUUUUAUAGAGUAACUUAAAUAUUACUGAAAGCUUCAGAAGUCAUUUUGCUAUUAUUCUUUUUAAUUAUCAAAAGUAUUUCAAAUUGUUUGCAUUAACUGGUAAUAAAUCAUAUCAUUUACA